AGAAACAGGACACAGAUGUCUGCUACAGCGCAACCUUAAAACCAAUUUCAAUCGCUUGACUUGACUGGGCUGUGUGGCCACUCCGAUGCCCUAACAUGGGCUGCGCCUCCGAAGCUGCGAGAACGAGGACACAGCGCAGCAUCAACGGCGAUAAAUACAACAGCAAUACAAACAGCCACAUUGAGAGUCACCGCAACUGCAACAACAUCAACAACAACUGCUUUGAUAGCUAUAAAAGUAGCGACAGCAAUAGUGUGGGUUUAUUGAGUUCAGGAGUGAUCUGUCAAAGCACAGUUGACAGCGAGGAGGAGGCAACAAUUUCAAAAGAUAAUAACUGCCGACAACAAGCAGACACAACCACAGUUAGAGCAAUAGAAAAGACACAAAAGCACCGAGGAGUGGCAAAAACACAAAGUGCUGAAGCGGAAGAGACUGAAAAGCAAAUACAAAUUGAGUGCGGCGAUAGUGAACGCGUUGAAGCGGAGGCGGGGGGGAUUGCGGUUGAGAAAUUUCAGUGUACGGACGGACGUUGUAAAUUGCGCGCUAGAGCCUGUGAAAGCUGUCGCACAAGUGAGGUUGAUACUAAUAAUAAUAGCAACACCAACAACAAAGAGAACAACGAAAAGGGAAGUGUUUGUACAAACUUUCGUCACACAGAAAACGGAAGAAAUAAUUGUUGCCACCGACAGCUACCGCGAGAACAACUGCCGCAAACGUGUGUCGCGCUGCCGCCUCAAGCAAAGCAAGCAGAGCAAAAGCAAUUGCCAGAAAAUGAGUUGUGGUGUCGCGCAAGUAGCGAUGGCUUGGCGCUGCCAACGGAAACCGCUGCAACGGCGUCUGCGACCGCCUCCGCUUUGGCGCGCACAAACUACUAUGGCGCCAUGACAGCAACAGCCACACAUAAUAUGGCUGCCACAAUGACGGCAGCAUGCAGCGGACGCAGUGAAAAUCUACAAGAGUUGUUGCAGUAUGCGCGCAGCACCCUAACCGACCGACUGGUUCGCCUGCGAGACUGUGUGAGCUACUACAUGGCGAAAGAGUUGGAUAUGUGCGCAGCAAAGGGGGAGGUGGAGAGUUUCGACGUUUGGGCAAAAGCGACGAGGCGGGGGCGGCGUAGGCAACACAACCAAGAACAGCAGCAGCAGCAGCAGCAGCGGAAGCGUUUGCAGAGUGAAUGCCUACCACUGCAGUUAGCAUAUAAGCCACAGCGCCCGGAACAGCAACAGCAACAUCAACAACAACAAAAGCAACGAAGUGAUGUAGUGCUAGCUGCGAAGUGCUGCCGUCAACAGCAGCGUGAACAGCAGCGGGAGCUGCGAGCGACUUUAGGAAGACAAAGGGACGCGUUGACAUACUGCCACCACCAACAACAACACCACGACCACCAACAGCAACUACGACAGCAGACACAAUUUCAGCAUCAACAAAUGCCAGUUAAUAAUAAAAAACAAAAACCACUCACAGCGUCACAAAUACAAAAACACCAUUCCCCACAACAGCAACAACAACAACAACAGCCACAAAAGAAGCCGCAACAACCACAAAAACACCAACAGCAGCAGCAGCAACAGCAACAGCAACAAAAGCAUCAACAACAGCGACAUCGCUUGCGUCGCGGCGUUCAGACAGUUGCGGCUGCCGCUUACGGCGCCUUCAGCUAUAUCGGUCACAAUUACUACCAUCUGCUGGGCAAUUCAAUUAGCUUCUAUGCCGCAUCUAGUGUUAUAUUAGUGCUCUGCUAUUUGACCACGACAACGGCAGCGGCUCAUUCGCCCGACAAGGCGCCAUUCGACAAGCAUCCCAUUCAAGGCAUCGAUUGGUCAAAAUUUGACGAGUCCAGCUCGGAUAAAGAAAUUUUGGACUUGUUGUUAGAGAAGAAACGUUACGAUAAACGUCUACUGCCACCAGUCAACGAUGAAGACUUUUGCUGUGGUUUAUCUUCACCGGAUAUGGCCAAAGUCAGCAACUCAAGGAGGCCACACAACCGCGGUACUUUGACGGUAAAUGUGAAUGUAUUGUUGCUCAGUUUGGCCUCGCCCGAUGAGAGUAGUUUGAAAUACGAAGUGGAAUUUCUACUCAAUCAACAGUGGAACGAUCCACGUCUUCAAUAUGGCAACAAAUCGCAUUAUGACUUUUUGAAUGCUUUGCAUCAUCACGACAGCAUCUGGACACCGGACACCUAUUUCAUUAUGCACGGCGACUUUAAGGAUCCCAUUAUACCAAUGCAUUUCGCUUUAAGAAUCUACCGAAACGGGACCAUUACGUACGCAAUGAGACGCCAUUUAAUCCUAUCCUGCCAAGGUAGCCUACACAUAUUCCCAUUCGAUGAUCCAAAGUGCUCCUUCUCCAUGGAAAGCAUUUCCUAUGAGGAGGCGCAAAUCAAGUAUGUUUGGAAAAAUGACGAGGACACGCUGCGUAAGAGUCCCUCCCUUACCACAUUAAAUGCGUAUUUAAUAAAGAAUCAAACAACACCCUGCGACCAAAAUAGUUGGCGAGGGAACUACAGCUGUCUUAGGGUCGAUUUAAUAUUUACCAGAGAUCGUGCAUUCUAUUUCACCACCGUUUUUAUACCUGGCAUUAUCCUGGUGACGUCAUCAUUUAUAACAUUCUGGCUAGAAUGGAAUGCAGUUCCAGCUAGAUCGAUGAUAGGUAAUUACAGUUGCCUAGAAGUCGAGUUGACUUUUACCAGGGACCGUGCAUAUUAUUUCACCACUGUUUUUAUACCCGGCAUUAUAUUGGUGACAUCAUCAUUUAUCACAUUUUGGCUGGAAUGGAAUGCUGUGCCAGCCAGAGUUAUGAUCGGUGUAACAACAAUGUUGAAUUUCUUCACAACAUCAAACGGUUUCCGCAGCACACUGCCCGUCGUCUCGAAUCUGACCGCAAUGAAUGUGUGGGAUGGCGUCUGCAUGUGCUUCAUCUAUGCCUCGCUACUGGAGUUUGUAUGCGUUAAUUAUAUGGGUCGGAAGAGACCGCAACAUAAUGCCGUCUAUCGACCGGGCGAGAAUCCUGUCACACAGCGUCUUCCAGCGGUUCUAAGCAGGAUUGGAGUAAUUCUUGCAAGUCCUUUGGGCAUAAUCGAACGAGAAUUUCACGCUGCUUUGUCGUCUGAAAAGGCCACAAUGGGUGCAUCGAGCAGUACAACAACCGGCACCAGCAUACCAGUUACACCCACACCGAUGCAUCCCUACCAUGCUGAGUUGUCAUCGCCGACAACACAACCAACAUCGACACAAACUCCGCUACCACCACCACAAGCGGCCGCCGCUUUCGGCAUGAGUACAGUUGAUGCGCCGCGUAUACGUUGGGAAGAACAGCAUGGCGGUAUAAUAGGCGUCGCUAUGCAAAAUCUGCGCGCGCGUUCCAUACGUCGACGUACACGCUCACCGGGCUCGGCAACAUCAGGCGCCAGUUCGUACGCCGAUACUGAGUCGGGGCGCACCAGAACGCCAACUACAAUGUCCACAGUUAUAGAACCCGUCUAUACUGAGCCCACCUUUGUAGCGACCACUAAUGGCAACAUGCAACAGCAGCAUGAGACCACAGUUACGGUCGAAGUGGAGCCACAAGCAGCUAUACCACGACGUCGGAGCAUUUCUACUAAUACUCCACCGCUGAUAAUGAGCAGCAGUAGUAGUAGCAAGCAAACAACAGAAGCUGAGGAGGAUGCUCCUAGUGUUGCACAAACAGAUGCAUCUACGGUGGAAAUGCCACCGGAAGAUGGCAAGGACCAACCGCAGUUGGAAGCGCAAGGUGUAGCCGAUGCGAGUGGCCAUUUACCGGUGAAGCCGCCGCGUCGCAAACAAUCGCGCUCCAGUUCGCCAGUGCCAUUCUACGAGCAGGUGCAGGAAGGCGCCAAUGGUGUGGGUGGCAUAGCCGCUGAAACUUUUUUCAAAUUUACCGCCAUCUACCAGGGUGAGAAGCGACGCGAUGUGCGCGCCCCCAACGAGAUCGUUGCCUGUACGACCUGUGGCGGUAGCAGCAGCCCGUGCACACACUCGGCCAACAAUGGAUGUGCAACAGAGACUUGCUUCGUCCAAGUGCGCAAAAAGGAGCCGCCACAUCCUAUACGUAUAGCAAAAACAAUCGAUGUCAUCGCUCGAAUUACAUUUCCAACCGCCUAUGCAAUUUUUCUAAUAUUUUUCUUCGUACACUAUAAGGGAUUUUCAUAAAAAUUAGUGCAAUGGAAAUCGAUUAGGCAACUAAAGGAUAAACUAAUUUACACACUUACAUAUACACGUACGUGAAUUUACAUUCUCACCAAAUCACACACACAU